AGAGAUACAGAUCAAACACGUAAGAGACGACGUGGCAAUCCAACAUGCAGAGUUCAUCUCCUACAAAAACCGCCACUCUGCUACGUGUUCUUCUUCCUCAUAUUCAAAUAUACUUUGCGAAACCGCUUCCUUUAUUUUCUCUUACAAAAACUAUUGUAAAUCCACUUCCAUAACACCUGGUAACUAAAAAAACUUUCGUAACACAAAAAAUGAUUAAUCUGUUGGCUUUAUCUCUUGUCUUAAUUUCUCUAUUAACAGCACAAGUUUACUCUCCAAAUCCAUCAUCCACCGGCCAGAAAGACGAUGUCAUUGUUAAAGAAGGUCAUAGAGUUAUAGUCGUUGAAACUUUCGACGAUCACGGCCAGCAUAACACCAAAGUUUCAAUCUCUCCACCGCUGGAUCCUAUCGCCGGCGAUGGAAAUGAGAAAUUUCCAUCUGGCUUUGUUGAUAAUGCUAAAAAUAAUAUGAAACAAGCAGCGCAGGUUCUUCCAAAUAUAGGGCAAGGCAUUUCUUCAGCCUUUCAUCGGAAUCAAGAAAAAGGCGGCGGUGACAACAACGGACCUGGACCUGGAGAGCUUAUUUGCGAUGCAUUUGGGAAAUGUACGCAUAAGCUUGCGAGUGUGAUUGGUAAAGCGAAAGAUCAAGUUUGCGGAAAGACACAGGAGGCAGGUCAUGAGAUUAAAGAAGCGGCUAAAGAAGUGGUUCAUAUAAAGAAAGAAAUAGGGGUUGAAGCUAUAGAUAAAGUAGAAGAAGCUUAUGAGAAAGCAAAGGAUAAAGCGUCACAGAAAGCUCACGAUGCUUAUGAGAAAGCUAAAGAAAUUGCUUCCGAGAAAGGGGAAGAUGUUAAAGAAUCAGCAAAAGAAUCGUUUCAAAAAGCUAAAGAUGCAGCCAAAUCGGCCAAAGAUUUAGCCAAAACAAUCCGCCACGACGCAGCAGCAAAUGUAUCAGAGCAAGUUGAGAAAGCAGGAAAAAGAAUGGGGAAAUCUUUGAGCCAUGGGAUUAGGUUUUUGGCUUCGACGCAAGGAGUUAAUUCUUUAAUGAGUGUGACCAAUUUGCUGGGGUUUUCUGCGGCUUACGGGAUGUGUGUGUGGGUGACUUUCAUUUCGAGCCAUGUUUUGGCGACUGCUUUGACGAGGAACCAGUUUGGAUUGGUGCAGAGUAAGAUAUAUCCGGUUUAUUUCAGGGCCAUGGCUUAUUGCAUUGGGGUGGCUCUGUUGGGGCAUUUAGUUGGGCAGAGAAAGUUGGUUUUUAAUAGAACGGCUGAGAUGUUUCAAGUUGUUAAUCUUCUGGCGGCAAUUUCAGUUGUAUUGAUGAAUGCCUUCUAUUUGGAGCCUUUGGCAACUAAGGUGAUGUUUGAGAAACUCAAGAUUGAAAAGGAAGAAGGCAGGGGAGAGAGCUCAAGUGCCAAACCAAGCAGAGCCGAAGCGGAGCAAACUACUCUACGCGCAGACGUCCCAGUAGCCGCAACAGCAGAGGCAGAGAGUCGAGAGCAACAAGAAAGCAGGUCCAAGAUGGCGAGAAUGAAUGAAAAGCUCAAGAGGUUGAAUUCGUAUUCAUCGUUUUUGAAUGUAGCGACCCUGAUGGCUCUUACUUGCCACUUAGUCUACCUGGGGCAGCGCCUCCACGGGACCUGAUGAAGCUGUAAUCUGGUGCUAUUUUAUGCAGAAGUUGGUCUCAGUGUGUAUGUAUUUGCGUGGGAUUUGGUUUUUAAGUCGGAAAAAAAAUUAACAGCUGGUGUAACAAAGAAACGAAAGUAGGAGUUUACUUUUACGUAAUUAUUUUAUGCCUGUAUAGUGAACUACACAAUUUAUUUUGCAGUGCAAUGGAUUUUAGGAACCAA